AUGGUAGACGACAGUAUACCGUACAGAUCAGCCCUCACGGCUAGCAUCUUGCUGCAACUUUUCUAUUUUGCGCCGACAUUCGAGAAUGGGCGCCACCAGCCGUUCCGAGCGGUGGCGACUCGAUGCAAGGUUACCACGUUCUCAUUGGAUAAGAAAUUCCACGACGAAAGCGUGCGGGGUAAUGGCAGCGAUGGACCGCUGCACAACGAUAUCGUCAAGCGCCGAAGCGAGUUCGCGGUGAUGCACAAGCGACAGAAGGUGGCUUCCAUUGAAGCAAGAACGAAGGAAUAA